AUGUCAACGCUCCUAGUAUCCACUGGCGCUUUCCGAGGGCGGUGAAUCCAGAAAGUUUAUAAAUCCUGGUUUUUGCUGGCGACUGCGCAUUCGCACCUUUCACUUUUACUACAAUGUCCCGCGAAUCUAAUGAUCAGGCCCUUCCUUCUGGCUGGAUCAAACAGAUCCAUGAAUCUGGCCAUCCUUACUACGUUGAUACCCGUGCCAAUCCCCUGCGCUCUAUUUGGGUGCACCCUUACGAAGAUGACCAGUUUCUCAGGGAACACCCCGAUAUUCGAGAAAAGACUCGCCUUGCCCCCGACUAUUCCCCCGAAAAUCGUGGUCAUUCUUUUAGCAGAACUUCUGCUCCGCACCACAAGCGCGGGUUCUUUGGGAAACUAAAGGAUAAAGCUAUUGGCUCUAAAGAAGAACGGCAGGCCGAGAAAGACCGGAUCGCAAUGGUGAGUGCGCUUAGCGGCUAUAUCAGGGAAAAUUAGAGAUUCAUUGUGAUGUAGCUCCAGGAGCAGAGUCGUCAACAACAGCAUAGCGCUAACCAGGCU